AUGGCUCGGCAUCCGGAAAAUGACAACUGUUACGAUUCUCUGAACGUUUACUACAAAAUUCUUUCAUCAUCGUCGUCGUCACCAUUCAUCAUCAUCCAAGACACUGGCGAUGUUUGUCUAGCGGCCUCGAACCAACUGCAACUCUUGCCAUAUUAUGAAAUUUAUGUAACCGCCUACAACAAAUAUAAUUUGAGUAACUCUGCUAUUGUUAGAAUACUUUUUAACAACAACAACAACAUCAACAACAACAUCAACAAUAACAACAACAAUAACAACAACAAUGUAUUCUACUAUUCGUCGUCAACUUACACGGUCAACUUGUUUUUCAACGCAACACUAUCUACUGUAAUUGGUUAUGUUGCCCUUUUGUAUGCUUACAACAACAACAACAUCAACUUUGAUUCUCCUCUACAACCCAAAAAAAUCUCUCAUCAUAUUAUUGACGGCAACAUAAGAAGAGCUAUUUCCUUACGGAGAGCCCUUCCGUUCAUUCAACUGACCACCACAAGCCAAGAAUCAUCGUCGUCAUCAUCAUCAUCAUCACCGUCAUCGUCAACUUUGUACUUCAACAAAACAGAAUUCAGCCUUCAAAUAAGUGCCUAUAGCGAGGAGUUAGAGUCAUUUUGCAGUUGGCCUGUCUUCUAUCGCAUAAAAUUACUGCACCCCAAUAGUAUAAACGAUGAUACAAUUUAUAACUACGACAACACUCCACCCAUCCCUGUUUUUAAAAAUCAGCUGAUCCAAUUCCAAAUCGACCAAAACGCCAGACGGGGAAGUCUUGUUGGCAAGGUCGAGGCCGUUGCUGAUGGAAUUCCAAGGAGUGAUUUACGGUACAUCAUAUCAUCCGGCCAAUCAUCAUUGACGUCACAAUAUUUCCAACUUCUUGAUUGGUCAGGAGAACUAUUCGUCAACCAAUCGCUGACAACUUUUCCCUUUCUAAGCACUUCGCAUUUAAUUAACAUUGAAGUUCAAGGUCAAAACACCUUGAUUGGUUACGCUCAAGUUAACGUCACCAUAACAAACCGAAACAUAGAUAAUAUUUAUUUUAAUAAUUUUCCUGUUUUCGGUUUUCCAUACAAACGCAUUGACGUCAUACUUACCAAAGAUACAAAAGACGAAUCCUUAAUAUACAAACCCGAAGCAAAAUGGUGGUCUAUGAAAAGUUUUAACGGAAGUGAAUUUUUUAAUUUAAAUUUUUCAGUCACCGGAAAUGCUUCAAACUUUCUGAACUUGGACGUAUUUUGUGGAUCUUUGGUAACAAACAAUAAUAUUUUACAGUUUGUCAACAGAGGAAUGUAUUUGGUCAAUCUAACAGCCACGUUAACAACAUCUCUUCCGUAUACUUCAGCAUCAUCGUCGACAUCAUCCUCAUCAUCAUCAACAUCAAUCUAUAUUCAUCUCCUCAAACCUCCCCUUACUCCAUUAAACUUUCAAAAAGCAAUCUACGAGUUCUCCAUAAAGCUCUCUGGUGAUAAAUUGAUAACCAUGCAAACAUCAAAACCACUAUCCACUGAUCAGCUGAUCCAGGUGGGACAGCUGGGAGUGCGUGGGAACAGCAGCAUCCCAAAUGACAACAUCAUUUUCUUCUCUCUUGCAAACGGAUACGAAAGAUUUGCGCGAGUAUUUUUUGUGGAAAAUUCUACCGGCAACCUUUAUUUGAAUCAAUCAUCUAAGGAUUUCUCCAAUUUUCAAACAUUCCUUUUCCGGUUUCGAGUCGUCGCUCGCUACGUAGAACCAGUUCCGGUUAAUUGGACUGAAGCGGAAGUUGUUGUUAGAGUCGUUGAUGUCUCGCCUGUGACGAGUCGUAAUUUUUAUUUCGGUUCCCGGGAACUUAAUUUUGUUAUGUCAGAUGGCGCGCGCGUUGGAACGCCGUUGGCAUGGGUCGGGGUGAUCAACGAUAAUGACGUAAUCAAUAAUAAUAAUAAUAAUAAUAAUAAUAAUAAUAAUAAUAAUUCAAACAGUAACAACAACAACAACAUAGACGCCAUGAUGAAACGUUGGCUCUUGAACUAUUUUUUGCUUAAUUACCGAAUAACUUACCAAUUACAAUAUAAAAAUACUAACGAUAAUAAAAACAACAACAAUAAUAAUAACAACAACAACAAUAAUAAUAAUAAUAAUAGUGACUUUGAUUUUCCAUUUUGUGCAAAUAACACAACGGGGAAAAUAUUUCUGUGCCGUACUCUCGCUGGGAUGGAAGGACAGUUGUUUACAUUUAAUGUUACUAUUUAUAUGACGUCAUCGUCAACCUCUUCUUCAUCAACGUCAUCUUCUUCCUCUUCCUCCUCCUCCUCAUCAUCUCCCUUCAUUGCUUCAGCGAAGAUUGUUGUUCAAAUAUCGAAAUCUAAAGAACUGAAAAGGAAAAAGAUUACAAAUAAUUUCACGAAUAACGUCAUUAUCGUUGAUAGGGAUGUUUCCGUUGGAACGAAUUUAUUCAAGAUUGAGUUCGAUGAUGAUACUGAUUAUAGUAGUACUGAUGAUGAUGAUGAUAUGCAGUAUAGAUUGUUAGAAGAUCCUUAUUCUCAGGACUGGAAAUACUUCAACAUCAACAACCGUACAGGAUGGAUAACGAAUAAGUUCACUUUUAACCAACCAAAAUCUCUUGAGAAAUACGACUACUCUAUGGCCAUUUCUGUUAGGUCAUCGUCGGAUAACUUACUCACGUAUGACGACAUGGCGGUCGUUCAAUUCAAAAUGGCCGACGCACCGGAAAUGGAUGUUGAUUGUGUGACGUCAGUAAACAUUGGAACAAAUGUCUAUGAUGGGUUUAUAGUGGGGAGAGUAUCGUUUGAAGAUUGUACUGUAAAUACAAACACAGUUGGUGGUACUGGAAGUAUUAACGAUAUUGGUACUAGCAGCUACAACAGUACGUAUGAGUAUUAUUUGGUGGGAGCAAAUACUAUGAACAGUUUUCAAGUUGAAAGUCAAAAUGGAUGGUUGUAUGUGAACAGAAGACUUUUUACAUACUGCCUGUUGCAAACGUACAACGUAACCGUACAACGCAUACGCAAAGAUGAACCAGCGUACACCAACAUGCGUAUUUCAAUAAACAUCUCACCGUCAUUCAAAUUCAUCAGCGAACUUUAUAGUAAGAAUUUCAUCAAUGAUUCUAUCACGUGCAAUCUUCCCAUUGGUUCGAUUGUACAUAAGGUCAGGGUCAGUGGUCUUGGGAAGUUCAAUAUGCCCUAUGAAGAUUAUUCCUGUCUGAGCUUCAAGUACCAAAUACUUUCCCAAAGUCUAACGUCAUCAUCCUCAUCAUCAGUGACGUCAUCAACUCUACAGCCAAUCAGCAUCUUCGCAAUUGAUCAGACGAGCGGAUAUGUAAAGACGACGAUGAAGAUGAAUAAAUUUGCUGGCCGCCAUUUUGUUCUCGUGGUUGUUGCUACUAACUUGCUUACAAGCAACAACAACAAUAACACUAAUAACAUCAACAGCAACAAUAAUAAUAAUAAUAAUAAUAACGUUACUAUCACAAUCAUCAUCUACGUAGAACAAGAUAUUGACUGUAAUCAAACAAAUCUAUCUUUAGAGGGUGGGGAUUUCCGGCAAAUUACAAUAAAUAGAAACGCAGAGGAGGGUAGCUUAGUGACGUCAUUUAUUUUGCAGAAUUGGUCAUCCUCCUCCUUCCCUUGGACAUCGCCAUUACGUUGCCUCAUAGUUUCAGGAAACGAUCAAGGAUAUUUUACUAUAAACAUCACAACAAAUCUAUUAUACACGCGAUUCUGCCUGCCGAAUGACCUCACCAGUUCGUCCUUCACCUUGAAUGUUACCUGUUUAUUUUUAGGUCACCAAGUUAGGCAGACGUUAAAAAUGUUUUUGACCGAUGACGACAGCGGUUUCGGUGGGAAGGUAAAAUUUUCUCGUGCUUUAUUUAAAAGUAGAUUGGAUGCGGAAGGGAGGGAGUUGUUGAAGAUGUCAGUCGUUGCAGGAGAAACGGCAAUAAGUUCAUCAUUUUCGCUGACCUUCCAAUUGCUGGAUGAUUGGCUGAGGCCGUAUUUUAUUAUAAAUUCUCAAACUGGAGAAUUGUCAAUUAACAAAAAUAACUCCGCCUUCUUUCAAAGACUUGGACAUGGAAAAACUGUCAUCGUUCCCGUUUUGGUGACAUGUGCUUGGCAACAACCACAACCAAACACUUCCUCCUCAUUGUCACGUGACUAUGCGACAGCGGUAGUUGAAGUAACGACCAACACCGCAGACGCCGGUAGUCCAGUUUUCACGCUACCAAGCAGCGGCUACUUCAAUUUCGAGUUGUAUGAAAACUCUCCACUCCAAAAUUUUGGAACCGUUUGUUGUGCUCCUGCUGUUGGUGGUCAUGAUGAAGAUGAAGAGGAUGGUGAAGAUUUCGUGCUGUAUUAUUAUAUCGUUGAUGGCAACUCGGACAAGAAGUUUCACAUCUCCGCGAAUGACGGGACGCUAUCGAGUCUUCCACUGGACAGAGAAUCCCUCGAUAAGUACAACCUCACCAUCGCUGCAGUCAAGUACUCAACAUCAUCUUCAUCGUCGUCAUCGUCGUCAUCAGCAACAACCAAUGUAGUUAUAAAUGUCUUCGACCUGAAUGACAACAGCCCAACUUUUGACCAAUCAUUGUACAGAACGGCACUCGUUGAAAACGUUCCUAUCGGUUCAAACCUCAACUCACUUUCAAUUCAGGGUCAAGACAUCGACCAAGACGAAAACGCACAACUGACCUAUUUCAUUGAUGACGUCAUGACAUUUUUCACAGCCGAUCCAGUUAGCGGGGGUUUGACCGUGACAAGAAAUAUAGAUAGAGAAGCAUUAGCUCAACUUGCUGCCAACAACAACAACAACAUUAAUUUGAACAAAACAUCAACAACACUUGUUUACAACAACAACGAUGACGUCAUAAUAAGGUUGAUCUUGAAGGUGUCAGACAACUCCCUGUACAUGCCGCUGACGUCACAAGUAUUUGUGGACGUGCACAUCAAUGACGAGAACGACAACCCCCCGUCCAUACAACCUGCCUGCCUAAUUAGGUCAAACCUCGUCAGCGCAACCAACGUCAACAACAACAACAACAACAACGCUUACAUCUACCUGCCAGCAGCUUAUGUAAUCACAAACGUGACGUCAUAUGACCCAGAUUCCCGCAUCAACAACAGAUUGACGUAUCGUCUACUGGAUUCAUCUUCGUCAAUAUUUCAAAUGGAACAGGAUGGUCGCCUGACUUUAAAGCGGAAGUGGGAGUUGGGUGUUGAUGACGUGGGAGACUAUAACGGAAGUGACGUUGUUUUGAAGUUUAUCGUCAAUGAUUCCGGAAGUCCAUCUUUAAAUACAUCCGGGGUGAUCAUUGUCAAGAUGCCCGAAACAUACUCAUCAUCAUCACCAUCAUCGUCGUCGUCGUCAUCGUUAACGGAUGUCCAGUUCACUCAAUCUUUUUACUCAUUCACUAUCGACCCUACGUCGUCCAAAAUUGCAAAGGUCAAGCUGCGUAUUCUACAACGUCGACAACGCAGCUGUCUCGUAGUUGCCGCAACGACAACAGCCGCAACGACAACAGCCACAACAACAGCCGGCAUUCAACGACAAAUUUACACGCAGCUCCAGAGGGACUGGCUUGUUGCAGGCUAG